UUCUGUUCUGUUCGGCCGGGUCGGGACAAGCGGAACGAACGGGACUGGGCCAUAUCAGGCAGCGGUACCGGAGUCGGAGUUAUUUUCUGGACCCGGCGGCAAGCGAUGACGUCACGUGCUCAGGCAGGAGUUUGUCCGUGUUGUGACGCUUUCUCAAACAAAUUUGGUCAGAACCAGAGCCGGUACCGCAGAGAUGAACUGGGACCAGCUGCAGCUCAAACCGCGGAUCAUCUCCGCCAUUCAGAGAGCUCAUCUGAAGUCUGUUCGGGAGGUUCUGGUUUUGUCUGAGCCGGACCUUCAGAAAAUGACCGGACUGUCCGGCCCAGAUGUCCAGGAGCUGCUCCAUGCUGCCGCCACCGCCUGCAGGACCCAUCAGCCAAUCACAGCCCUCCAGCUGCAACGGGGUGAGUGCCGCAGGUUGGAGUCCGGCCUGCGGCUCGGUACUGGCUGUCCGGUUCUGGACCAGCUGCUUCGCGGAGGACUGCCAGUGGGGGGCGUCACUGAGCUGGCGGGAGAGAGCGGAGCGGGGAAGACCCAGCUGGGCCUGCAGCUGUGCCUGUCAGUGCAGUAUCCGGUGGAGUACGGAGGUCUGAGCGCAGGUGCGCUGUAUGUCUGUACCGAGGAUCCGUUCCCCAUCCGGCGGCUGCAGCAGCUGAUCUCAGAGCAGACGUCGCUGCGAUCUGACGUCCCUCCGUCUCUGAUUGGCCGCCUCCGCUUCUCCGACAACAUCUACGUGGAACACGCCGCCGACCUGGACUCGCUGCAGGUGUGUCUGUCUCGGCGCGCCGCGCUCCUAUUGGCCCAGGGCCGAGUCCGGCUGGUCGUGGUCGACUCGGUGGCGGCGCUGUUCAGGUGCGAGUUCCGGCCUGACGAUUGGCUGGAGAGGAACAAGCAGCUGCUCACCGUCUCCUCCAUGGUGCAUCACCUGAGCCACGAGUUCACCGCCCCUGUCCUCUGUAUCAACCAGGUCACAGACGUUUUCCACCAAUCAGAGAGCAGCUCCAGCUCUCCGUCCUCUUCAGUGAGUCCCGCCCUCGGUCUGGCCUGGGCCAAUCAGGUGAUGGUUCGGCUGAUGAUGCGCCGUCUCCAGGCGACUGUUUCCCGUGGCGACCAGAGCAGUGCUCUGCGCAGGUUGGAGGUGGUGUUCGCUCCUCACCUGGCCCGGGGUGGCCGGGACCUCGCCGUGUGGAGGGAGGGGCUUCGCGGGGUUCUGGACCCGGUUCUGGCUCCAUUUUGACCUGAUGUAGCUCAGCAGGAAAUGGUUCUGCCGCUUCGUCUGAACCGAUGAAGAUGCUUCUGGGUUUCAGCCGGGUCAGAAUGAGGUUCUGGUGGGUCCGGCAGCUCGGUUCUCCGGUCUAGAGUGGGAUCAUGAUGACUCAUUCCGGGUCAGAACCAGAGCCAGCUCUGCCCAUGUUGAUGCCUUCACUGACCCCAGGACAUCAGGACUCUCCCUGGGAUCUGUUACGGUUCGACCCGUCUGCCGCCACCAGAACCUUCAAUGAUCCAGAAACGAUUGUUUACAUCAGAACGUCAGCUGGUGAUGACUUCCUGCCUGUGGCCAAUCAGAACGUCAGACGUGUUUCUCCUGUUGUGUAAAUACAUUUAUUUAUUUUUAUUGUGAAAAAAGAUAAAAAGUUGUAAAAAGUUUUUUUUGUUUUUUUAGUUCUGUAGGAUUGAAAGUGAUGAAAAACUAAGAAUAUGUCAACUGCAACCUAGUUAAAACAGAUCUGAUGUUUUUGGUAUUUUAAUCUCAUUAUUUAGGGAUAUUUAAUGCAAAUAUUGCAAAAAAGGGAAACUGUUAAAAACGUUAUGGAUCUGCUGUGGAUGGUCCAACGAGCCACUGGCGGCUCCGUAGUCCCAGGUUGGAGACACGUGGUCUGUUUGUGUUGAUCCGGUUCUUCUGUAUAUGAACCGGUUCUGUUUGGUACCGAAUGGACUCCAGAUGAAAAAAAGAAUCCAUUAAGAUUCAGUAAAUAUAAACGGAUCAAUUUAAAUCCUAAUCUGGGUUAAAAGAUUCUAACUUUUUCCCAAUAAUCCCGUUUCCCUCAGGGUCAGAACCGUUCUGGUCCUGGGCGCAGCGGCAGCAGUGCGCCUGCGCGGGUUCUCCAUAAUAAAGCCAUCAUCAGACUA